CACGCCACCACUCACACAACACAAGUCUCUCAAGUCACAAACUCUGUUUCAAACCAAAAGGGAUCUUUGUGUGUGUUUUCGAGGUUUAUGGUGACUGUAAACCCUAGCCAAGCUCAUUGUUUACCCAUGAGUAUGAAUCUACCGGGUUACAAUACUCUUGCCCACACGGCAACAACGAUGCCGGUUUCCAUACGGAGCAAUACGAUGUCGUUUUUUGAGGAUCCAACAAAGAAGAUUAGGAAGCCUUACACAAUCACCAAGUCUAGAGAGAACUGGACGGAGCAAGAACACGACAAGUUUCUUGAAGCUCUUCAUUUAUUUGACCGGGAUUGGAAGAAAAUCGAGGCCUUUGUUGGAUCAAAAACAGUGAUACAGAUACGAAGCCACGCACAGAAAUACUUUCUUAAAGUUCAGAAGAAUGGGACUAAAGAACAUUACUUAUACAGCACUAAUUCGCAUCCCUGUAAGCAUGGAUUAGUGCGUAGCGAUGUUAAUAUACCAACUACUGUGAUCAAAGAGGAAUUGGGUGGUUCAGAGAACUGUUGCAGCACUACUAGUAGUAGUAGAGAUAAGCAGAGAACUCGAACAGUUACAGAGACAAAUGACCAAGAAAGUUGUGGAAAGCCACAUAGAGUGACACCGAAUUUCGCUGAAGUUUACAGCUUCAUAGGAAGUGUAUUUGAUCCAAAAACAACAGGUCAUGUCCAGAGAUUAAAGGAAAUGGAUCCAACAAAUCUAGAAACGGUCCUCUUACUGAUGAGAAAUUUAUCUGUAAACCUGACGAGUCCCGAGUUUGAAGAACAACGGAUGUUGAUAUCAUCAUACAACGCCAGAUAGAAUGAGAAGAUAGCUGUGGAAGUCUCUAAUGGUUGUCUCACUGCCUAAGUGUCGGAGUUACAUGUCGAGCUCUCGCUUUCUGUGAGUGGACUAAAUGAAUGAACCGGUUGUACAUACAAGUCACAAGAUGACAAGAGUUUGGAAUAUCUUAGGAGAUAGAUAAAGCCUGCGUAGAAAGACAGACAGUAGCGUUUGUUUUGUAGUAUUCAAUGGUUACUUAAGUUUUUUUUUAUACGGGAUGGACUAGUUAAUGACAUUCCUAGUUUUGAAAACUACUUGAGAAAGCUGAAGCUUGGUGGAAUUAUCGGACCAGUCUUUGACGUA